AUGUAUCCUGUUGUCAUAAUCCCAAGCAUUUUUGACAACCAUGGAGAAGAAUGCUCUUCAAAGCGUCAUGUUCAUAGACAUACCACCAUCAAAAGGAUGAGUGCUGGUUGUACCAGAGACAGUACUGUCGUCAAUGAUAGUGGUGCCAUCUGCCUGAGUGCUGGUGUUGAUGCCAAUAAUGUGGUCACUAACAAUGCACAGAGUGUCAUAUUUGGGAAAAGAUACAAGAACAUUCCACCAAAGGGCAGCGUAUCUUGCAUGGUAAUAAACAAAGGUGAGAGUUACAUUUACAAUAGUGUGAUAUUUUACAGUAAUACAACAGUAAAAAUCUCUGAGGGCAAAGAUAGUGAGAAUGCUGGAAUAUCUCAAGAAUGUGAAGUAUACAGCAAAUUAUUCACUUAUCCUAUUCAUCUUCAAAAACACGUAAGAAUUCACAGUGGAGAGAAACCCUAUGAAUAUAAACAAUGUAAUGGAACAUUCAAGAGACCCAGUCAUCUUUGGAAACAUGAAAAAACUGACAGUGGAGAGAAACCCUAUGAGUGUAAACAAUGUAGUAAAACAUUCAGUCAAGCUUGUCAUUUUCAUAUACAUGAACGAACUCACAGUGGAGAGAAACCCUAUGAAUGUAAACAAUGUAGUAAAACAUUCAGUUCUUCCAGUAGUCUUUGGGCACAUGAAAGAAUUGACAGUGGAGAUAAACCCUAUGAAUGUAAACUAUGCAGUAAAACAUUCACUUAUGCCAGUUAUCUUUGGGCACAUGAAAGAACUCACAGUGCAGAGAAACCCUAUGAAUGCAAACAGUGUAGUAAAACAUUCAGUUAUUGCAGUAGUCUUCGGAGACAUGAAAGAAUUCACAGUGGAGAGAAAUCCUAUGAAUGUAACCAUUGUAGUAAAACAUUCAGGCAAUCCAGUAGUCUUCGGGAACAUGAAAGAAUUCACAGUGGAGAGAAACCCUAUGAAUGUAAACUGUGUAGUAAAACAUUCAGGCAUUCCAGUAGUUUUCGGGCACAUGAAAGAAUUCACAGUGGAGAGAAACCCUAUAAAUGUAAACAGUGUAGUAAAAUAUUCAGUGAUUCCAGUAGUCGUCGGAGACAUGAAAGAAUUCACAGUGGAGAGAAACCCUAUGAAUGUAAACAAUGUAGUAAAACAUACAGUUCUUCCAGUAAUCUUUGGGCACAUGAAAGAAUUCACAGUGGAGAGAAACCCUAUGAAUGUAAACAAUGUAGUAAAACAUUCGGGCAUUCCAGUCAUCUUCGGAGACAUGAACGAAUUCACAGGGGAGAGAAACCCUAUGAAUGUAAACAAUGUAGUAAAACAUUCAGUGAUUCCGGUACUCUUCGGGCACAUGAAAGAAUUCAUAGUGGAGAGAAACCCUAUGAAUGUAACCAAUGUAGUAAAACAUUCAGGCAAUCCAGUAGUCUUCGGGCACAUGAAAGAAUUCACAGUGGAGAGAAACCCUAUGGUUGCAAACUAUGUAGUAAAACAUUCAGUUAUGCCAGUAGUCUUUGGACACAUGAAAGAACUCACAGUGUAGAGAAACCCUAUGAAUGCAAACUGUGUAGUAAAACAUUCCUUGAUUGCAGUAGUCUUCAGAGACAUGAAAGAAUUCACAGUGGAGAGAAACCCUAUGAGUGUAAACUGUGUAGUAAAACAUUCAGUUGUUCCAGUUAUCUUCGGGAACAUGAAAGAAUUCACAGUGGAGAGAAACCCCAUGAAUGUAAACUGUGUAGUAAAACAUUCAGGCAUUCCAGUAGUCUUCUGGCACAUGAAAGAAUUCACAGUGGAGAGAAGCCCUAUGAAUGUAAACAAUGUAGUAAAACAUUCAGUUCUUCCAGUAGUCUGCAGGAACAUGAAAGAAUUCACAGUGGAGAGAAACCCUAUGAAUGUAACUGUAGUAAAGCAUUUGGGCAUUCCAGUCAUCUUCAGAGACAUGAAAAAAUUCACAGGGGAGAGAAACCCUAUGAAUAUACACAAUGUAGUAAAACAUCCCAGCAGUCUGCUGGUCUUCAGAGACCUGAAAGAAUUCACAACAUGAAAAUUCAUAGUGGAAAGAAACCCUAUGAAUGUAAACAAUGUAGUAAAACAUUCAGUGAUUCCGGUACUCUUCGGGGACAUGAAAGACUUCACAUUCGCAUGGCUCUUCUCCUGGCUGACUGCGAGGAGACGGACUACAACUCAUGUCAGGUCAAGCGGCGCCAGUGGGGUGCUGCACACGCUGCUGGGUGGCAGGUUCGCGUUGUAUCCAAACACCUCCUCAGUAUAAAACAGGAUUUAAUGGGUCAUGCCCUAUCAGAUGGUGUGCUAGAGUCACCAACUGGUGUUCAUCUUCUGGCCCUGGCUUUGAAAAAACCAAAAUUGAUUACUCCAUGUUCCCGGAUCACACUUCCACCCAGAGUCCCACGGAUGUUCGUUCAUGCCAUGUCUUCCAGACUUGAUAGACAUAGUCACAGCAACAGUGGCACAUUGGAAUGCAAACUCUGA